GCCUCGGCCCCAAAAACCUCUGGGCAAACUCACCGAGAAUCCUAGCCACCAUGGACGCUGCCACCAUUGAAGCCCUCAUCCUGGAGCUCCACGCCAAGGCCGUCAAGUUCGGCGCCUUCGUGCUCAAGUCCGGCAUCACCUCCCCAAUCUACAUCGACCUCCGCAUGCUCGUUGCCCACCCGCGCCUCCUCUCCAACGUCGCCUCCCUCCUCGGCUCCCUCCCCACCACGCGCCCCUACGGCCUCCUCUGCGGCGUCCCCUACACCGCGCUCCCCAUCGCCGCCGUCCUCUCCGCCGCCAGCUCAAUACCCAUGCUCCUCCGCCGCUACGAGGUCACGGGCCUCGCCGCCGCCGACUGCAUCGAGGGGUCCUUCCGCGCCGGGGACGCCGUGCUCAUUGUCGAGGACCUCGUCACCACGGGUUCCUCGGUGCUCGAGACCGUCUCGCCUCUCCGCGAGGUCGGGCUCGUCGUCGCCGACGCCGUCGUGGUCGUCGACCGCGAGCAGGGCGGGAGGGAGAACCUUGCCGCCAAUGGGGUCACGCUGCACUCGCUCAUGGCCCUGACGGAGCUGCUCGCCGUCCUUGUGAAGCACGGUAAGCUGAGCGAGGAAAAGGCCGAUGAGGUGAAACGAUUCCUCAACGCAAACAGGAAGGUGGCGGUGCCGGGACUGCCGGUUAAACCCAAAAUGGCUAGGAAGACCUUCUCUGAGAGGGCCAGAUUGGCCACGAAUCCGAUGGGGAGGAAGCUGUUCGAGUUGAUGGAGACCAAGCAAAGCAACUUGUGUGUGGCUGCGGAUGUUGGUACAACAACAGAACUACUUGAUCUCGCUGAUAAGAUUGGUCCAGAGAUUUGCAUGUUGAAAACUCAUGUGGACAUCUUGUCUGAUUUUACACCAGAUUUUGGGAGCAAGCUCCAUUCGAUUGCUGAUAGGCACAAUUUUUUGAUAUUUGAAGACCGCAAGUUUGCUGACAUUGGAAACACGGUAACUAUGCAAUAUGAAGGAGGAAUAUUCCAAAUAUUAGACUGGGCUGAUAUUGUUAAUGCACAUAUAGUUUCUGGACCUGGAAUUGUAGAAGGCUUGAAACUUAAGGGUCUACCAAAAGGAAGAGGGUUACUUUUGCUUUCUGAAAUGAGUUCAGCUGGCAGCCUUGCUAAUGGAGAUUACACAGCUGCAGCCGUGAAGAUUGCUGAGCAACAUACUGAUAUUGUAAUUGGAUUUAUAUCAGUAAAUCCUGCAUCUUGGUCAGUGACACCAUCGAGUCCAGCGUUCAUCCAUGUCACUCCUGGAGUUCAGUUGGUAGCAGGGGGGGACUCUCUUGGUCAACAGUACAACACUCCAUACUCCGUGAUAAACAACAGAGGCAGUGACAUAAUCAUAGUGGGACGUGGAAUUAUAAAGGCGAGUAAUCCAGCUGAGACCGCAAGGGAGUACCGCAUCCAAGGGUGGCAGGCUUACCAAUCCAGCUUGUCAUGACUCAUGAGAACACGCUGUAAGUUGCUCUCCCACUCUGUAACACGAAUGUAGGGGCACCCACGCGAUUGACGCAAUAAGGGCUACAGAGUGUGCAUACUCUAUCGUCGCUGUCGUUGGUAAUUCAUAUGCCCUGCAUUGACACGCACAAUCCCAGCAGUAAUUUCGCAUAUAUGUGAUGGUAAAUAAAGUUCUCCGAGAACCUGCUUGCUUGAUAAGUCUCUUGAGACCUUUUUUUUUUUUGCUAUUUUGUUUCUGCC